UUCUAGAACGGCGAUACGUCGCAGUCCGCACGCCGGACGUUUUUUGGCCGAGUGUGUCACGAAAAACCUCCGUUCACACCGGUAUACGGACUUCGCAAGUUUCUUACGAGCUCCCGUCACAGAUUAUCUGCGUUUAAGAGUGGGACCUCGGUGUGAUUCAGGCCCGCUGUUUGGAUGCAGGGUAUGACGACUCAUUUCAAAUCGAACAAAGCUUUAAAGGUGAAGAGGGAGGCGGGCGAGAAUGCCCCGGUGCUCAGCGACGAUGAGCUGGUGGCCAUGUCGGUGCGGGAGCUCAACCAACACCUGCGCGGGCUGACCAAGGAGGACGUGGUCAGGCUGAAGCAGCGGCGACGGACCCUGAAGAACCGAGGCUACGCCGCCAGCUGCCGCAUCAAGCGAGUCACCCAGAAGGAGGAGCUGGAGAGGCAAAAGACGGAGCUGCAGCAGGAGGUGGACAAGCUGGCCCGCGAGAAUGCCAGCAUGAGGCUGGAGCUGGAUGCCCUGAGAGCCAAGUACGAGGCUCUGCAGUGCUUUGCCCGGACUGUGACCCGCGGGCCCCUCUCCCCUGGCAAGGUCGCCACCACCAGCGUCAUCACUAUCGUCAAGUCCGCCAACCACGGCUCCAACCCAGCCCCCUUCUCGGCCCACUCCUAGUGAUGACAGGACUGGGCUCUCCUUGUUCACCGCCUGGUCCUUACCGGUUCUGACCCAGCCUUAAUGUAUAGGAGAGGUUCACUUUUUUUCCGUCAAACCAAGACCUCAUGAAAAACACCGUCGGGUAUUGUUUAGAACCAUGCAAACAAAAAGGAAAAUUCAUUGAUCGCUUCAGCGCUGAAAAUUUUACUGCUCCGCUGAUUCCUCUUUGCUGGGCUUCCACGAAGUCCAGUGGGGCGAUUGCUUGAGCCUGUCAAAACCAUGCUAUAUCUCCUUUUUGAAACUGGAAGCUCACGUAACAGUAAGAUAUGCCUUUAUGCUCCCUUGAGAAAAAGAAACAUGGUCCCAAAGCGUGUUUCUGUCGAGCGAAAAUUACUUCAUCUUGUACUUCCACCAAUACUGCAGCCUUGUUGCAUCUGCUGCGGUUUACUCUGGAAAUACAUGGCUGUAGAUAAUGCUGUGAGGCUGCCACAUCUGCAAAAGGUAUUUCCAAAUUUGAUAUUACAUGGGGGCGGCACGGUGGCGCAGUGGUUAGCGCGGUCGCCUCACAGCAAAAAGGUCCUGGGUUCGAGCCCUGGGGUAGUCCAUCCUUGGGGCUCAUCCCGAGUCGUCCUCUGUGUGGAGUUUGCAUGUUCUCCCCGUGUCUGCGUGGGUUUCCUCCGGGUGCUCCGGUUUCCUCCCACAGUCCAAAGACAUGUAGGUCAGGUGAAUCGGCCAUACUAAAUUGUCCCUAGGCGUGAACGUGCCAGCCCUGUGAUGAUGGACUGGUGGCCUGUCCAGGGUGUCUCCCAGCCUGCCGCCCAAUGACUGCUGGGAUAGACUCCAGCAUCCUGCGACCCCAAUUGGGAUAAAUGGCUUGGAUAAUGGAUGGAUGGAGAUAUGGUUUUUGAUUGCUCCAUCGGACUGUGUUGAAAGCCCAGUGAGAAGACUCAGCAAAAAAGGCAAAUUUCUCAAUACUGAAGGGAUCAGUGAAGUUUGUACUUUUGUUUUAAGUUUAGUUUUAUACUAUGCCCGGCAACAUUUUUCCUGAUGUUCUGGUUCGAAAUAAAGUGAACUCUUCCUUUAACCCACCCGUCCUGCGCUGAGGAGAUGCUCCGUGAUUUGUAGACUGAAGGAUGGAGCAAGGUGGGCAAGCUCCUAUGGGACAUUAUGCUGCAUUCACUUCUAUCUCUCUCUUCCUUCUCUCUUACAAAGUGGACGUUGUCUGUGCACUGUGCAACCCCCAACCCCCCCCCCCCCACACACACACACACACACACAUCCACACACUCCCACCCCCGCCCCUGCACCCAGGCACUGGCAGGGCAUUGGACCUCUCUGACCCCAUACCUCCAUGACUGAAAGCAAAGAUUCGCUCUUCCUGCGAUGUGGGCGAGGGUUUGACGUGUCGGCCCCUCCAGCCCUUCAGACAGCUCUGGUUCUCUGCUAUGCUGUGUUGUACGGAAAUAGCAUCAGAGAUCUCAAGUCACAUGUACGUGACAGUUGAAAGCUGUCGAGUCUAAAGCCAAAUAUUUUACUAAUUCCGUCUAGGAAAGCACAUAUUUACCAGGGUCUCAAUGUAAAUUGAGCCAUUGAACCUUUUUUUUUUCCCAUGAAGAGGAUCAACGAGCGAUGGCUGUAAAACGAAAAGCGAAUUGUGCGUUAAUGAGAAAGUCAUACUAGAAAACAUGACGUCUGUAUUUACUCCAGGGAAGGCUUGAUGCAUCAAGCUGAUGUAUGGCCUAGUUGUGGAGUUUAGCUGUUUUAAAAAAAAAAAAAAAACUCCUCUGCCAUUUAAGCAUGUGAAAAACCCCACAUCACACUAGAUAAUAGUCGUGAACAGGGAACUGGGCACCCGCCAGCAGUAAGUGAGUAUUAAAAAGGUCGUUCAGAUUUUAAAAGGGGCUCAUCUGUGUUAUUGAUCAAAAAAACAUUUCAGUUGUUUUAGCUUGUCAGUGGGCGGCACGUGACACAGUGGUUAGUGCGGUUGCCUCACAGCAAGAAGGUCCUGGGUUCGAGCCCUGGGGUAGUCCAAUGUUGGGGGUCAUCCCGGGUCGUCCUCUGUAUGGAGUUUUCAUGUUCUCCACGUGUCUGCGUGGGUUUCCUCCGGGUGCUCCGGUUUCUUCCCACAGUCCAAAGACAUGUAAGUCAGGUGAAUUGGCCAUACUAAAUUGUCCUUAGGUGUGAAUGUGCCGGCCCUGUGAUAGACUGGUGGCCUGUCCAGGGUGUCUCCCAGCCUGCCACCCAAUGACUUCUGGGAUAGGCUCCAGCAUCCCCGUGACGAGAAUUCGGAUAAGCGGCUUGGCUUGGAUAAUGGAUGGAUGGAUAGCUUGUCAGUGAAGCAGGUUGCAUCAGUAUUUUGGGCCAGUUAUCGUCAUAUGUUCAUCUGCAGAAGGUUUGCAGCUUUAAAGUCAGUUGGACUGAUCUGUCUUUUUUAAGACUGAAUAAGAAACGUGGCCACUUCAGAGUACUGUCCAAACAGUGAUCUUUUGAGCCGACAGACACCAUAAAAUUCUGCUUUUGACAUUACUAGGAACCCACAAUGCUGAAGCAACCAUCUCUUUUUAUUUUCAUUGCCCACUCGCUGGGAUGCCACGAUAAAUCAGAUGUACCGCUUGAAACAGCUGAACAAUCCUAUUUAAUCCCUACUGUUUUCCACCGGUGGCCAGCAGCUAGUGAGCCCGUGAGGUUUUUUCUGCAUGGCAGUAACAUCUAACAUGCCCCCGGUCCACGUCACUACACAACACUUACUACCCAGUUGUAAAGACUCGGUAUGAAAGUGAAAGAGCCCAGACGGCCUGUGCUUACAGGGUGCCGUGGCCUCGGGGUCACCCUGUCUUUCUGUCUAACGGGGACCGAUGCACGAUGGUCAUCAUCCCACAUGGUCCGACCUCACACAUUACACAUAGGGUCAAACCAAGUUGCAACUAAGGACGAUUAUAUUUAUGAUGUGAUACAAAGAAGCACUUACUUGUGAUCUUUCCGCCCCCCCCUUAUUUUUUUUUAUUUUUAUUUUUUUAAAUAUAUAUAUACAAUGCCAUUGCUAUGGUGGGUAAUCCAUAUUGGAUAUAGAGAUAACAGGAGCAGUCCUCACUUACUGACAUGCAACUCAACUUAACUUCCUGUAUAUUACAGACUUGGACCCGACGCUCUUUUUUUUCAGUUUCAACGUUAGAGAAGUAAAAAAAGAAAAAAGAAAAGAAAAAACAAUCUAGAAUGCCUCUCGUCACUUUACAUUAAGAACUCCGUCAAAAAAAAAGAAAAGGAAAAAAAGAAUAGAUAAAAUAAAUAAAUAAAUAAAAUAAACAAAUGCAUAAAUAGAAAAAAAAACCAUUCCUUCUGCUGGGUCAUGAGAAAGUGCUGCUGCCGGUGUUGGGGACUCUGAAACAGUGGUUAAUAUACCUUGCUUUUGACACAGACUCUUGUGAGAUGAGAAAUCCUGACAACACAUCUCUAGAGACGGAGGUCUCACGGUGGCUUCAUGCAGCGACGCCAUGCACUUCCAGGCUCCUCUGGAAGGCCAUAUAAAAUAUAAACCAUAAAAUAUGAAAUGUGAACAUCACUCGUCGUCAAGACGUAGACUUCCCCUCGGAUCCAUUCCUACUUUGGAGUGAGGUGAAUAGAGAUGGUUCAGUGUCAGGCUUUUUUUCUAGCUAAGAGGACAUGACUGUUUUGUUAUUUUAUUUUGUUAUUUUGUUUUUUUCUCCCCUUUUCCAUUGCUGCAAAGAACAGUAUAGGGGGACUUUGCUGCUGUUUGACCUGCUGGGAUUUGAAAAGCAGGGACAUUGCUGUGCUCUUAUUCUAAUUUUGUAUUUUCACCUGGUUUAUAUAAUGAUACAUCCCAUGUGUUCCUACCGAUAUUUAGUUUAUAUCUAAAUAUAUAAACACCUAUUUUUCUAUAUUUAUGUCUUUUAUUAUCCUGGGAGUGGUGUGAUCAUGUAAUGUAAUCAGUCUUCGAAGUCGAAAUUAUUAUUUUAAUCUUGACUUUGGUCCGCAAAGAUAGCUAUUCUGUUCACUUGUACAAUGAAAACUAUUUUGUAACUUAAUCUUUUUUUCUUUUUUGUUUUGUUUUUGUAUUUAUACCCUACGAAUAUGUUUUCCCAGCACUUGUCUAAUCUACAAUCUAUACCAUAAAAUGACUAGGUAUAUGUAUAGUCUGAAACUGGAGCAUCUCCACCCAGCUCGAACUUCAUAGUCCACGAAUUGUGAUGAGAACCUAUUUCUAUGUGGGCCUACAAGAAAAGCCAAUAUUGACAGUCAAUCUUAUUACGGUUGUAUCUGUGCAUGACUUCUAUGUUUGUCACCUUCCUUUACUAUCAAUUAAUCUGAAUGGAUCAAUAUGGUAGUAUCAACAAACAAGACGCAAUACCAAUAAAAUGUUGUGAUGAGGGUUGCAAGAUGAUUAUCUAUGCAAAGGAGCUCAAAGAUAUGUUCAAAUUAGGAUUUAUCUGAAACCUAUGACCAACGUUUUCUGCGUAUCAUGGACUGUUAUGGCGCAAAAUGUAGAAUACUGAAGUCAAACCUGCAGCGGACUUUGCAAUACGCAUUAGACUGAUUGGGUUAAAGAUGCUUAUUAUCUUCACAUUAACGGGGGUCCAGUUUAUUCGACCAGGUUGAAAUUCAACUCUGUAUGUGUCUUAUGAGGAUUACGUUACCUGGGCUGCUCACAAUGACCUUUUCUUUUCAAAUCAGAGAAUUUAUGAUCUUAUGUAGAAGUACUUGGCUGCAUGUCCAUCCAGUCAGUUAUGAUCUCAUAUUGGGUAUUGCACUUAAUAUGCAAUAAUAUGCCCAUUUUGCUGUUCUACAGUAGACGGGCUCAGUUCAGCUCUGUCUGAAAUGACGGCAGUGCUGAUGUAAUGCUCAAACUAACCUGACCUGAAAGUAAUUUACAAAGCUGCUAAAGGGUGUCAAGCCAGAACCUUUUUAUGUUUUCUGUUCAAGCGGUGCACCGAGCCCGGAUGUAGACUUGAGACAGAGGAACAUACAAAUCUAUUUUACAUGUCGUUUACAUAAUUCAUCUUUCAGCGCAUUAAAUUAUAUAGUGUUUCUCCAUUAAGCUGGUGACAAGCUUAUGAAAACAGUGACCCCCUGUGAAGUUUCCAGACUAUACGCGUCAAACCCGAGGCCUUGCUUCCUCCAAGCACUUACUGACUGAGGCAGAUGGAUGCCUUUUUUUUUAUUAAGAAAAUCAUCUUUACAAACAAAACAAAAACAAGUUGAAGACUUGGCAUCACACGCUAAUGCUUAAUAUUCAUAUUCAGUAAACGUAAUAAAAGACAUGCCUUACUCCGGGUGAACUAAGGUUCAUCUUCCGGCCCAGAGGUAAAGCCUGACCAUGUAGACAUCCAUCCGCUGUGUCUUCGUCUUUAUUUGCAGAUGUAUUGAGGGGUUCUUCGGGGCCAGGUUGCUAGCCGGCGUUUUAUCCAGGCCCAGUUUGGCUGUGUGCAUGUUGUUAGUGAGGUAGACAUGAGCACAACUAAAGAUUUUCAUGUCAAAGAAAGUUUUACUGAUUUUUUUUUUACCGAUUGUGUAAACGUGGCUCACAGUCUCGGGCUUGGUUGGAUGAUGAAACGCAGUGGAAAUUACCUGUACCUGGUAUGAAUGUUUGAUGAAUCUGACCCCAGAAGCCCUCCUCUAACCUCAGCCCAACUUCUGGGUUCUUGAAGUUUGCUUGCCACCACUUCCGCUGUCCCAUGUGUGCAGUACAGAGCCUGAUGACUCUUUCAUGUUCUUCAGUUGUGAAGAACCUGGUCUGGAUUGACUGGACACUCUUUUUCAUUGACGUAUCCACCAUUAGGCCUCCAAUAUUAAUAAUCUACCUAAAGAUGUGUAUUUGUGCAAGUUUUCACACAUAAGCUUUGACGGUCCAUAAAGCUAGAUAUUCACUUUAGGCAAAUUCAAAAAAGAAAAGAAAAAAGCUGUCUUAGCCAAGGAUUGUACAUGUGGCACAUUUUGUGUAUGAAUUAAUUUUGUUAUCCAGCGUAUGCAGUUAUCACCUGUCUGACAUGCCGGUGAGGGAAAAGAGGUUAAAAUCCAUUGAAUGACUGCAGUUUGGAUCCGUUAGUGCUGUAUAGUGGACUUUAAAGAGAAGUGAGGUCUCCUUGUUUUAGUCUAGUGCCAACAUAUAGAGGUAUAGCUAACAGCUAGCGGCUAACGGUAACUGUAACUGAGGACAAGGCAGCACAAACCGAAUACACACCCCGCUAAACCUGGCAUUACUCUUCUUGUACAUGUUAUAUAUUUAUUUCACUGAUUUAGUGUAAUUUUAUUUUCAGCAUCUAAAUUAUUUUAUUUACAUGUUUUCUCAAUGAACUACCCUCAUGUACAAAGAAAAAGUCUAUCUGUUUCUGUUUGGAUUGAAAAUAAGGAGGUAAAUUAUUCCUACACAUGGGUCUGCUGUGUCUUGUUUUUGUACUUUUAAAUAAAGCUUUUUCUCAUUAAAAAAGCA